AUGGUCGCUCUCUCGGGGGCAUAUCUUGUGGUGGACAAACUGCAGGGCAACAGCAGCAGCAACUCCUUCAUGCAGCAACUGCGCAGCUAUACACAACCAGACCGCGGCACACGACAGCCCUCGCCGGUGUCGAACGAGAAACAAGCCGCCUCCAACGAGGGACCGUCCUACGUGGACGCCCUGCCGCCGCCGCGCCGCCAGGCCCUGGCCGCGCUCCCGCUCGCCGUCCCCUACCAAAUCAUCGACGAGGCCGAAAUCAAGCAGCACAUGCUACCCAUGACGGCCGACUUCCGGGCCAGCCCCGACAGACGCUACACCCCGACGGGCUUCUCGGUCGCCGAGCUCAAAGCCCUCGGCAACUUCCCGGACUACGCGACCCUCAGCGGCGUGCCCCUGCCGCAGCCGUACCCGGACUUCGACAUCGACCGGGCCCGGCCCCGGCCCUAUCGGCCGUUCCGCUGGGCGUACCAUCAGACCAUGUCGCUCACGAAGAUGGAAACCGACUGGUGGAUCGAGCUCGAGAGCACGUACCGCGCGCGGAUCGCGCAGCGCCGCGCCCUGUACGCGCAGCACGGCAGCGGCGUGCUGGGCGCGCUGCCGGGCGCCGAGCUGGCCUGCAAGGAGCUGAUGGAGAUGGUGCUGCAGUUCGUGUGCGCGCGCUACCCGCAGUAUUUCGCCCUCGAGGACCGCCGCAUCCUCCACAACCGCAUCCUCGGCGUCACGGAGGAUGUCACCGCCCGCCCCCCGCUCGAGGUGCUCAUCGACCACAUCCCCGAGGAUUUCGGCAUCAUGCUGCGCGACGAGACCACGGGGUACUACUUCCUGCGGGCCGGCGUCGUCUGCUCCUCGUUGGGCUGGAAUGUCGGCAAGAAGAUCGGGAUGCAGCUGCAUGAGAUCCAUGCGACGAUUCCGGAUUAUAAGGAGAAGAUGCGGUUUUCGAUGGAUCGGUUCUUCACCAAGAUGCCCGCCGAUAAGCCGAUCCAGCGCGGGUCCUGGGGUCUGGAGGUGGGCGAACCCCUGUACAUGCCCCAAGGCGAUCCGCACGAGGCAUUGCGGCUGUCCCAGGACCCGGCCCUGAAAUUGGAGGACUGCAACCUCCGCGUCGACUGGCAGACGCUGCGGCGGCUGCCGCUGUCGGCGGCCGUGGUCUUCAACUUCAAGGCGCUGUUCACCCCCGUCACCGAGUUCCGCGACGAGCCGGGGGUGCCCGCGCUCGCGGCGACGGUCCUGAAACACGGGAAGAAGAAUCUGAUGGAGUACAAGGGGACAUGGCAUGUAGAGCAUGUGGUUCUGCCAAAUUUAGAGAAAUGGGCCCAAGAGCAGGAGGAGAGUGGUCUGGUUCCUAGGGGGUGGGAGGUGGCGACUCUGGAGGAUAGUCCGUGGUUCAAGGGGUGGCAGGACAAGUGGCAUCGGCAGCAGGGGUUUUAG